UCAGUGCGCUUUCCAGUCGACAACGACAACGCGAACGCGAACGGACGACGACGACAACGGCGACAGCGACAGCUGACGACAGCAGCAGCAACAUCAGCAUCACCCACCAGCGACAGAGCAGCGGCGGCAUCUAAAUAUAAUCAUUUUUAUUUGUGAUUUAUUUAAUCAACAUUUCACCCAGAGGCCAACCAGAAAGAUUGGCGACUGUGCGGGGGCGCUGCGACAAAGUAGAUGGAUAGAUAGGAAAAAUCAAAGAAAAUAGCGGCAAAUUGCUCUUGAAAGUGAAAGAAAGUGCACUGAAAGUGCAACAAAGUGUUUGCCUAUCGUGGCUUAUCAAUCAGCUUAUUGAUAUUACAACGCCAAAGUGCCGGUGGUGAAUGGAAAUUGCAAUUGAUAAGAAAAGUGCGGAAAUCGCACUUGAAUUUGUCAAGAAAAUAGGAAAUUGACUCUUGAAAUGGAUUAAGUUUAGUUUGCACACACACAACUGCGGCAGUUAAAACUGAAAAACUCGUAAAUGUUAAAUACAAGGAUAUAUACAUUUUAUGGCUAAUCAGAUAAAUUGGCAAUCCAACAAAACGAAUUGAUUCGUAGUAAAUAAAAUUUAAAUCGACAUGACCAAAAAAUGUUGUAAUCGGUAAUCGCUUAAAUCGUUUAUCUCGUAUUGGAAACAGAUUUUUUUUAUCACCAAAAGCACCAAAAUAUAUGUAAAAUAAAUGAUAAAGUGAAAUAUUUAAAUCAGUAAAUCAAUAUUUACAAUCUACUUGCUGCUGUCACCGCUUAUCGUGUUGGAUAUGGAAAAGAUGCUGUGUGUUGAUCAGUGUUCGAGACUUCCUUGAAAAUAUAGCCGAAAAGCAAAUCGAAAGUGAAAUAAUCAAUUUAAAGCAUGCUACUUGCACAAUAAAAUAAAGAUGUUGCAAUCGGCAAUCGCUUAAAUCAACAAUAUUAUACAAACUACUGAUGUUGCUGCUAUCGCUUAUCGGUAUUUGGUGAAAUCAGCCAUACAUACUGUGUGUGUGUGUGUGUGUGUGUGUGUUUUGCUAUCGGCACAUUCGUUUUGGCCAAACAUUUUAACCACAACAAAUUGUUAUGCGUAUGCGUGUUGCUGUCGCUGUUGAAGUUGAAGUUGAAGCUAAAACUGAAGCUCAAGUUGUUGCUGCCAUUAUGCAAUAGAGUAUGCCGCAGUUUGAUGAAUCUUUUUUGAGCGACUGUGCGCUGGCCGAUCGCUGGCGUUUCUAUUCGUACACGGUCAAGCAAUUGCCACCGAAUCCCAGUACCGGCGGCGGCAAUGAUAAUUAUAAUGAUGAUGAUGAUGGCAUUCGUCAUCAUCAUUGGAAGACGCAGCGGCAAUCUUGGUCGCCGCGCGACGGCAACAACAACAGCAACAGCAACAGCUGCAGCAACAGCAUCAGCAACACCUGCAACAUGGGCAGCAGCGGCAACACGUUGCAUAGCAUCAAAUUCCACAGACGUCGCAAAUACAAAAAGCUGACGCGAUUGGCGCUAUCAACGCCAGUGAUUCCACUACAGAUGGAUGUGGAUGUGGAUGGGGAUAUCGGUAUGGAGAUGACGAUGGCGAUGGCAAUGGAACUGCCCGCCACACCUGUGCCGCUCAAGAAUGCGGUGUGCCACGGCAGCAUCAGUUCUCCAUCCACGCCCGGCAUCGGAGUGGGCGGUGGCGGUUGCAGCAGCAGCAGCAACAACAGCAUCAACAGCGGCGGCUACUCGGCCGCCUGCACCCCGCCACCACCUGCGCACCACCACCACCAUCACUUGUUGCAGCAGCAGCAGCAACAACAGCAACAGCAGCAACAGCAGCAACAGCAGCAGCAGCAACAGCAACAACAGCAGCAUCAGCAACAGCAGCAACAGGCAACGCCUGGAGGAUCUAGUCGGGUUGCAGGAGGAGCGGGAGGCGGAGGCGGAAGUGGAGUGCCACCGGCACCACCCAGUGCCGGAUCGUCGGGUCACAAGAACAGCCUAAAGGGCACCAAGCUAGCGCGCCGGGCGCGCUCCUUCAAGGACGAUCUGAUCGAGAAGAUCUCCCUGAUGCGGACAACCAACAACACCCUGGGUCGCUCCCAUUCGCCGCACAGUCCGCGCAGCAAGCACGGCUCCAAGGCACCUCCGACCACCGAGGAGGUGCAGCGGUCCACCCAAACGCUGGAGACGCACGUCAAGGACAUCUCGAAUGCGCUCAAGCACUUCCGCGAUGUCAUACUCAAGAAGAAGCUGGAGGUGCUGCCCGGCAAUGGCACGGUCAUCCUGGAAACCAUAGCCAGCAUGUACUCCGUGAUCCAAACCUAUACGAUGAACGAAAACAGUGCCAUCAUGAGCUCCGCCACGCAGCAGGUCUACCAGAGUCUGGGCAAGCUCAUCAAGCUCUGCGACGAGGUGAUGCUCUCCGAGGAGAGCGGCGAGUGCGCCUCGUUGAGCAACGAUAAUGUCCGCGAAGUCAUCGAUCUUCUGGAGCUUGCAGUGCGGAAUCUCGUCACGCUGGCGCAGGGCAAGCUGAAGGAGCAGGAUCAGAGCGCCUUUCGCUAUAGUGGAUCUGGUUUGGGCGGCAUUGGUGCGGCGGCGGAUAUAAUGAGCGUGGUUACCGCCUCGCCGGGCGCCUUAGCCGGUGUCCCUGGCGCCGGCAUUAUGCGCGUUUCGGCCGCCGAAUCGGCGGCCAUUGCGCAACGCACCUCGUUGCCGGACAUUGCGCUGACGCCCAAGGAGCGCGACAUCCUGGAGCAGCACAAUGUGAAUCCCAUGCGUGGCUCCCACAGCACCGAAAGCAUCCUGCGCGACACGAGUCCACCGCCGAAGCCACCGCUGCCCAAUCGGUCCAGUAAUCCGCCACCGUUGCCGCCCAAGCGACGCAGCCAACCGGGAGCAGCUUCCGCAGCGGGAACGGGAAUGGGAACGGGAACGGGAGCGGUAGUGUCCUCAUCGACAUGCAUCUCCAAUCAGGCCAGUCCGCUGCCCUAUGCCCAGUCGAACAAUAUCAGCCAGAACUGGGAUUUGGACUGCAGCUCCAACAUUUCGCUGCUGAACUAUGGCGUGGAUCGCCUGUCAGUGCGCUCGCGAUCGCCGGAUGAGAACAGUCAGUGUUCCUUCGACUCGGCCUUAAAUCACUCGCGGGAGGAGGAGGACCAACAGCAGCAGCAGCAACAGCAGCAGCUGAGACAGAUGAUGCCAAAGAUGCCGGCGAUGAUGGACGAGGACAUGGACAAGCUGCUUAGCUACAAAACCAUGGAGGACAAAAUGCAGACACCACUUUCGGUUGGUGGUGGUGCUGGUAGUGCUGGUAGUGCUGGUACUGGUUCUUCUGCUGGUGGAACUGGAGGAGCAGCCGAUGGCGUAACUGCUGCAUCAGUGGCUGGUGGCGGGGAAACUAACAGCAAUCGCCACUCAAACGAAUCGGGUUUCGUUUCGAUGCGUGAGUUUCGCACCUCCACGCAAACAGAGUCCUCUACGAAAUUCUCGAGCAGCAAUUCGGAGAUUGCGAUCAGCAUCAGUGAGUCGACGACGACGGCGACGAUGGCGACGACGGCGGCGUCGAUGGUGAGCAGCAGCAGCGAGUACCAGCAGAUUAGCCAGUCGGUGUCGCAUAGCCAGCGGCAGGUGUCGAGCAGCAGCAGCAGCAGCAACUGCACCACCACCACCACGAGCAGUAGCACCACCACCACCAUCGGCUAUGCCAGUGGCAUCAGCAGCGAACUGGAGCCAGAGCUGGCGCCCGCCCUGCCGCCCAAGAGCAUCCAUCGGGGCAGCCUCACGCGUCACGAGUCCACCGGCGCCGGCGCCGGCGAUGAGCUCGACGAGGCGCAUUCCGGCUGGGCUAGCCACCGGAGCAGCCAGUCGGAGGUGGCCGAGCUGCGCCAGUUGUCGCCGCAUCAUCACCUCAACCCCCAUUCGCAUUCGCAUCCGCAUCACUAUCACCAUCCGCACUCGUGCUCCGCCGGACAGCUGCAGCAGUGGCAGGCGAAGCAUCACAGCCUGAUCGAAGGACCCCAUCUGCAGCGCCAUUUCGACCAGGAGCCACCGCCGUUGCCCAUGAAGAAAAAGCACAUGUUUCAAAGUGUGGCCUUUUCGGUUCUGGCUUACAUGGAGAUCUGCUCGGCGUCCACGCGAGUUGAGCGCUGCCAGACGAUACAUGGCGUCAACACCAUACGCAACAUCACGCACAGUCAGACCAUGGACACCAUGUCGACGAGCAAGAAGCAGUCGCCGGAGCAAGAGAUUCCGCCCGCCCUACCGCCAAAGAACUCCAGGCAACGCAAGGCGACCAGCCUGGGACCGUCGCCUUCGCUGCAGCCCAUCAUUGUGACCACACCGCCGCCGAGUCCGAAGCCGACGCUGGCCGAGAAUGGGUCGACGGGCAGGCCGGACAGCCGCAUGGCCACCGUUUGCGAGGAGCUCAACGAUGGCCUGGCCAUCGAGGAGUCGCUGCCGCAGUCCCGUUCGCCGGUGCUGGACAGCAAUGAGAAUGUGAACGCUGUCGACGAUGGUGGUCACACCUUCUACUGUCACUCGCAUCAGUUGCCCAGCGAAGUGGGCGUUGGCGUUGACGUUGGCGAGGGCGAGGAUAAUACCGGCCAGCCGAUAAGCACACCCCAGGUGCUGGAGGAGUCGGAACCGCUGACGGAGGACCACCAGUCCAAUCGUGGUUCAGGAGUCAGCUCUGUCAGCGUUGACGAAGUUGCCAAACCAGAGAAUGCCGCCCACCACCACCACCACCACCAGGAGGAGGAGGAGGAAGCGGAUGCGGAGGCAGAAGCGGAGCCGGAGCCAAAGGAGAUGCUGAUCAACAUGCUCGAAGAGGUCAACAUCACACGGUACCUGAUACUCAAGAAGAAGGAGGAGGACGGGCCGGAGGUGAAGGGCGGCUACAUUGAUGCCCUCAUCGUGCACGCCAGUCGUGUCCAGAAGGUCGCCGACAAUGGUAGGCAUUCCAAAUCCCAGAAGCAAAAAAACAAGCUCAAGCACAAGCAAAAGCAGCACCUAACAGCCGCACAUACGAAAUCCCAUUGUUCGUCGCAUAAUCAUUUACCCAACGCCUCUGUUGUCUCUGUCCAUUCCGUUCGUGCAGCAUUCAGCGAGGCCUUCAUUACCACCUUCCGCACCUUCAUCCAGCCGAUCGACGUGAUCGAGAAGCUGACCCAUCGCUACACAUACUUCUUCUGUCAAGUGCAGGACAACAAGCAGAAGGCCGCCAAUGAGACCUUUUCCCUGCUGGUCCGAGUCGUCAACGAUCUCACGUCGACGGAUCUCACUAGUCGACUGCUGAGCCUGCUGGUGGAGUUUGUCUAUCAGUUGGUCUGCUCUGGCCAACUCUACUUGGCCAAGUUGCUGCGCAACAAGUUCGUGGAGAAGGUGACGCUGUACAAGGAGCCCAAGGUGUAUGGCUUCAUCGGGGAGCUGGAGUGCGGUGGUGGCGCCGGUGCGGGAAUCGGCGGAUGUGGUGGGAGCAGUGCAUCCGCUGGAGGCGGCGGUGGGGGCAACCAGCCCAGUCUGCUGGACCUCAAGUCGCUGGAGAUUGCGGAACAGAUGACGCUGCUAGAUGCGGAACUGUUCCAAAAGAUCGAGAUACCCGAAGUAUUACUAUUUGCCAAAGAUCAGUGCGAGGAGAAGUCGCCCAACCUCAACAAGUUUACCGAGCACUUCAACAAGAUGUCCUACUGGGCGCGCUCCAAAAUCCUGCGUCUGCAGGAUGCCAAGGAGCGGGAGAAGCAUGUGAACAAGUUCAUCAAGAUCAUGAAGCACCUGCGCAAGAUGAACAACUACAACUCGUAUCUGGCGCUCCUCUCGGCCCUCGAUUCGGGCCCCAUAAGAAGAUUGGAGUGGCAAAAGGGCAUCACCGAGGAGGUGCGCUCCUUCUGCACACUCAUCGAUUCCAGCUCCAGUUUUCGCGCCUAUCGCCAGGCCCUGGCCGAAACUAAUCCGCCCUGUAUACCCUACAUCGGCCUGGUUCUGCAGGAUCUGACGUUCGUGCAUGUCGGCAACCAGGACUACCUGUCCAAGGGCGUCAUUAACUUCUCCAAGCGCUGGCAGCAGUACAACAUAAUUGUCAACAUGAAACGUUUUAAGAAAUGCGCAUAUCCAUUUCGACGCAACGAGCGCAUCAUACGCUUCUUUGAAAACUUCAAGGACUUUAUGGGCGAGGAGGAGAUGUGGCAGAUAUCCGAGAAGAUUAAGCCGCGAGGCCGUCGCCCCGUCAACAAUUAGUCUACAAGCAGCAACAGCAAAACACCAAUAUUAUAUAUUACAAGAAAUAUAUAUACAAUAUUAAUUAAAUAGUGCAAAUGGUUGGCACGUCUUGGAGAUGCAUCAACAGGAACAGCCGAAAAAAAUACUAUUCAAAUGGGUCUGAGCAUCAAUGUUCGCUAUUCUCUGUCUAUAUACAAUUAUACAAGAUAUCUAGAUAUAGUUACCAGCCGAUGCAGCCGGAACAGAAAUACAUAUACCUAAGAUAUAGCAAUUCAGAUACGGAUACACGUAGCCGCGUACAAAUAACGAGCCGAUCUGUAGUUUAACUAUUAAGCUCUAUGACGGUUGGGCCAUGUGGCCCAUCCUCAGCUAACUCCCCACCAAUAAUCGAGUCCCUAUUUACAAGUCUCCCCGAAUUUUCCCCGGAAUUUUUGCCAGCACUAGAACACCAAACUUACGAACCACCAGAGAGACAAACCAAUCAAGAAAUCAGCAAUUUUCGCUUUUGUUUUGAGAUCUCUUUUUACACAAGAACACAACGAAUUUUUGGAAUCAAGCUACGUGUGUACGUAGAGGCCAACCGAAAAAACUAUAUUCGAUGAUAUAUCUAGCGUUAUCUCGGACUAUGAAUCGAUGCAAUCCACGAGCGGAAUACCAAGCCACCAAGCACAAAGCGUUAUAUGCAAUUCUCUCAAAACAACCAAUAUUAUACCAGUAUACCUAAUAUACCUACUACCCCUGUGUGUUAGAAGUUACUGAAAAUAAGACUCAGAAUCGAAUUUCGAUUCAAGAGUGCAAAAUGCAGAGCAGGUGUCGAUCAAAUCAAUCAAUCAAAAAUUCAUUUCGCGACUCAAUUAAUCGAAGCAACUUUUAAAGUUACAAAAACAAAAACAAAAAAAAAAAACAAAAUAAAAACAACAUGGAAGAUUACCUAAAAUCAAUUUGCUUUUAAAUGUACGACUAACAUUAAAAAUAUUUAUGGGCAUGUAAUAAUAGUUCUAAAUAACGCUUUUGACUUCUCCUUUCGAUUCUGCAAGGAAUAAAUUUAUUGAUAAUGUGUGUAAAAAUAAAUAUUAAACAAGAGAAGAACUUUAGAGCUGAGUUAUAAAUGAAAUGAUAUCGAAAUUAAAUCGACCUCAAGUGGUUUUUACUAAGCAAAACUCUGUCUCGUCUGAAAAUACUGUAUUCUUAUUUAGAAAUGGGAUAAAGAAACAAAGGCUGCUUAUUUGAAGAAUAUAAUUCCCGAUCACCAUAGCCAUUUUUAUUGAAAAUAAAUAAUAAUUUGUGUUGAGUGAAUUCGGUCUUCAUUUUGCUGCUGCUUCCGGCGCCGAUGGCGCAUAAAUUAUGUUUACUAAGCUAACGAACCUAAGGAUAACAAUUUACUCCUUUUUUUUCUCCUAUUUUUAAAUUAAUUAUACUGUAUAUGUAUGUAUGUAUGUUAAACUUAACUGAUUAGUUGAUAUGUCAUUA